AUGCCAGCGACGCAGACUGGAUUUGGAAACUUUUUCAUGGACAGGAGCGUGGCACCUGGAUAUCAUCAGAUGCCCGUUUUGGGAUGCGCUCCUCCCGCGGUGCAGGCGGCCCACAUGGCAGCAGCUGGCUUUCCACUCGCUUAUGGACUGCAGGGAUAUAACUUCAUCCCUUACGCGCACCACAGAGCUAUUCCACACAUGAGCAACGCUUUCGACUUGAAGGCCGCCUCUCCGUACCACCCAGCCCUCUUGGCCCGCGCCUCCCCGUAUUACCAGGCCUAUCGCCCGGUUGCAGCAGAAGACCCCGCCAGAGUCGCCAAAGUGGCCACCAGGGAAAGCACGGGCGCGCUGAAGGCCUGGCUCAACGAGCAUUUGAAGAACCCGUAUCCAACCAAGGGCGAAAAGAUCAUGCUGGCCAUCAUCACCAAAAUGAGCCUCACGCAGGUCUCCACGUGGUUCGCCAACGCGCGCAGGAGGUUGAAGAAGGAGAACAGGGUCAGCUGGGCUUCAAAGAGCAAGUCUGAUGAUGAGGAGGAGGAAGAGGAGGUCGAGGAGGAAGGCGACAGUGACGUGGAUGAGAAAAGUCUGCAGGGAGAUGUGGGGGAGACAGGCGAGGAGCUGGUGGAUGUUCUGGACACGACCGAGCAGCGGGUGAGCGCAGAGGACGCGCCCGGAAAGAAAGACUCAUGUGAAAGCAGCCCAGGCACGCCAACAGAGAGCAAAGACAACGCGCUGGUUCACAAACCCAAAAUCUGGUCUUUGGCGGAGACAGCCACGUCUGAACCCGCGCGUAAACCCGCCAUGGACAGCGCGCAUGUGGGGAAGCUCUGGGCGCAGUGGGCCUCCAGGAACGGGCUGUUUGUUCCAGCAGUGUACCCGGCGCCUGAGCUCCUAUAG